AUGAUAGUGGGAGAAUAUGCUUCUAAGUUUGAGGAAUUAGGAAAAUAUUAUACUUUCUUUUAUCACCUUGAUGAGAGGAUGAAGUGUAUUAAAUUUGAGGAUGAACUUAGACCAGAAUUAAAAAAGGCAGUAGGAAUAUUUGAACUUUCUGAUUUUCCCACAUUAAUACACAAGUGUCAUUUUCUAGAAGGUUUUGAUCACAAUAAGGAUAACACACCAAAAGCGUUUGGUCCUCAGUUUAACAACAAAAGGAAUAAUCAAGGAAAACCUUAUGAUCGACCUCAAGGAAAACCCCAAUCUUCUCAAUUUGCAGGAAAUUCCAGUAGACCCAUGAAUAAUCAAGCUAAGUAUCUUAAGUGUGGACAGGGCCAUUAUACUAAAGACUUUCAUCUCAAAGGACCUGUUUGUUUCAAGUGUGGAAAGCCUGGUCAUGUGUUUUCUGAGUGUGGACAACCAAAGGCGGACGCGAAUACUUCUGGACCCAAACCAAGACCUUUGACAACUAGGAGAGUUUAUACCAUGACCAGAGCUGAAGCUGGUCAAAAUAAUGAUCUAAUACAAGGUAUGGACUGGUUAUCUUCCAACCAUGUCUUUCUCAAUUGUGCCGAAAAGUCUAUAAGGUUUUCUGAUUCUAAGGACCUAUCAAUUUCAUUAUCCAAACCAAUACCCAAGUUUUCUUGGGGUAAAGUUCAAGGAUAUUUAAUCUUGUCCUUUAUGGAAGCUAAAGAGGAAGUCGACUUGAAAAAAUAG